AUGUCCAAUGUCUACUAUGAAGGCCUCUUGUCGGAGGUGUUGGUCGAGUUGAGAGAUUUGCUCGUGGUGGGAGAGAAUAAAUUGGCAAACAAGGCAAAUCUUCCGAAGAAUAUAUUGGAACAUCAGGCAUUGUUCAAUCAGCACUAUCAGUCAUUAUAUGUAAAAUAUGUAAAUUUAUACAACAAGAUGGAGAUGUGUUAUGAUCAAAUGCUGCAACCUCAAAAAAGAGAAGAUCUCAAACUAAUUCUUGAAAACGUGAUUGGAAGAAUUUUGGAAAUUAAAUCAAUCAUCAUUCAAUUGAUGGGAGAGUUUACAGAAUUUGAUGAAGUUUUAAUCGAUUUGAAAUUAGAUCCGAGCGAACUAGAAAUUAGAGUACCUAGAUUCUUGCAUGAAGACAAUGAAAAAGAAAUUCGACGAAGAGAAAUUUUGCUCGAUGUAUUGAGGAAGAGACCAAACUCUAACGGUGACUUUCUUGCUCGCUCCGAUCAAAACCUGUCCCAAAACAAUCAAAAAAAUAAUACGCUCACCAUCAACCAGGCCGUUCUUAUCAUCCAAACCAAUGAACGAGGUCGACAAGGAAGAAAUAUUGCACGAAUUAAACUCGAACAAAAAUUGGGAGAAGAACUAAAAAAGAUGAAAAGAGAAGAAGACAUGGACUCAAUUAUGGACGAAGCAGCCAUAAAAAUCCAAAAGGUCUUCCGGGGAUUCUACUGGAGAAAACGAAUUGACAGAGAGAAGAGAGAGGAAGCAAAAUUUCUUGGCAUGUCUUUGGAAGGAGCAAAAACACAGCAUAAAAAACAAGCUCAAAAAGAAGAACACGACCAGGAAGACAGGUCCAACAAAAUUAAAGAAAUGGAUCAACUGGGAAGAGCCAAAAGAAAGAUUAAACAGGCUGAAAACAAGAGAGAUUUAGAAGAGCAGCGAGUUAAAAUGCGAGCUGCAAUUUUGGAGGAAGAAGGACCACAAAUGAUGGAAGACAUGCAUGACGCACUCAUGGAACAAAUUCUAUUAUACAGACAAGAAGGUGACGGUGGAAUUCCAAGCUUUCCUUCAGAGGCUGAUGGUGGCUCAAAAGCCUUCAUGCAAAACAUUAUUAAGGCCACAGAGGAGCAGAAAAAGUUGUUGGAGCAACAAAAGAUGGAAGCUCUAGCUCCACCCAGUAAAAACAAGAAGGGAGGAAAUGCUCCAGCAGCCUCUUCAACAAAAAAAACCUGCUGCUAA